UGACUGCAAGAAUGUCUUUUCCACCUCAUUUGAAUCGCCCUCCUAUGGGAAUCCCAACGCUUCCCCCUGGGAUCCCACCUCCACAGUUUCCAGGUUUUCCUCCACCUGUACCUCCUGGGACCCCUAUGAUUCCUGUGCCAAUGGGCAUUAUGGCUCCUGCUCCAACUGUGUUAGUUCCUACCACAGUGUCUAUGGUUGGAAAACAUUUGGGAGUCAGAAAAGACCAUCCUGGCUUAAAGAACAAAGAAAAUGAUGAAAACUGUGGUCCCACUACUACUGUUUUUGUAGGCAACAUUUCGGAGAAGGCCUCAGACAUGCUUAUACGGCAGCUUCUAGCAAAAUGUGGUUUGGUUUUGAGUUGGAAGAGAGUACAAGGGGCAUCUGGAAAACUUCAAGCCUUUGGAUUUUGUGAGUACAAAGAGCCAGAUUCUACCCUACGAGCACUGAGACUACUCCAUGACCUCCAGAUUGGAGAGAAGAAGCUGCUGGUCAAAGUUGAUGCAAAGACAAAGGCUCAGCUAGAUGAAUGGAAAGCAAAGAAAAAGGCAUCUAAUGGGAACUCCAGACCGGAGACAACAAAUGAUGAUGAUGAAGCACUGGAUGAGGAAACAAAGAGAAGAGAUCAGAUAAUUAAAGGGGCCAUUGAAGUCUUAAUACGAGAAUAUUCCAGCGAGCUCAAUGCCCCCUCCCAGGAAUCUGACUCUCACCCCAGGAAGAAGAAAAAGGAAAAGAAGGAGGACAUUUUCCGCAGAUUUCCAGUGGCCCCACUGAUACCUUAUCCACUCAUCACCAAGGAGGAUAUAAAUGCUAUAGAAAUGGAGGAAGACAAAAGAGACCUGAUAUCAAGAGAGAUCAGUAAAUUCAGAGACACACACAAGAAACUGGAGGAGGAAAAAGGCAAAAAGGAGAAAGAAAGACAGGAAAUUGAAAAAGAACGCAGAGAAAGAGAAAGGGAACGGGAGCGUGAACGAGAAAGGAGGGAGCGUGAAAGAGAGAGGGAACGUGAACGAGAGAAGGAGAAGGAACGGGAGCGUGAACGGGAGCGAGAUAGGGAUCGUGACCGAACUAAGGAUCGAGACAGAGACCGCGAACGAGACAGAGACCGUGACAGAGAUCGUGAAAGGAGUUCAGAUCGCAACAAGGAUCGGAGCAGGUCAAGAGAAAAAAGCAGAGACAGGGAAAGAGAACGCGAACGCGAGAGGGAAAGAGAACGAGAACGCGAGAGGGAACGGGAAAGAGAGCGGGAACGGGAGAGAGAACGGGAAAGAGAGCGGGAAAAGGAUAAGAAGAGAGACCGAGAAGAAGAUGAAGAAGAUGCCUACGAACGACGAAAACUGGAGAGGAAACUUCGUGAAAAGGAAGCUGCGUAUCAAGAGCGCCUUAAAAACUGGGAAAUCAGAGAACGAAAAAAAAGUCGAGAAUAUGAAAAAGAGGCUGAGAGGGAAGAAGAAAGAAGACGGGAAAUGGCAAAAGAAGCCAAACGGUUGAAAGAAUUCUUAGAAGAUUAUGAUGAUGACAGAGAUGAUCCAAAAUACUACAGGGGUAGUGCUCUUCAGAAGAGGCUACGAGACAGGGAGAAAGAGAUGGAAGCAGAUGAACGAGACAGGAAAAGGGAAAAGGAAGAAUUAGAGGAAAUUAGACAGCGUCUUCUGGCUGAAGGACAUCCAGAUCCUGACGCAGAACUCCAGCGGAUGGAACAGGAGGCUGAGCGGCGUAGGCAGCCGCAAAUAAAACAAGAGCCAGAAUCUGAGGAGGAAGAGGAAGACAAGGCAGAAAAAGAAGAAAAAAGAGAAGAGCCAGAGGAAGAGGAGGAGGAGCCUGAACAAAAGCCCUGCCUUAAACCAACUUUACGACCCAUCAGUUCUGCUCCAUCUGUUUCUUCCGCUAGUGGAAAUGCAACUCCUAACACACCUGGUGAUGAAUCUCCCUGUGGCAUUAUAAUCCCUCAUGAAAAUUCUCCUGAACAACAGCAACUGGAGGAGCAUCGGCCCAAAAUAGGACUCAGCCUCAAAUUGGGUGCCUGCAACAGUCCUAAUCAGCCCAAUGCUGUAAAAAGGAAGAAACUUGCUGUGGAUAGUGUUUUCAAUAAAUUUGAUGAUGAAGACAGCGACGAUGUGCCCCGGAAAAGGAAACUCGUUCCCCUGGAUUAUGGAGAAGAAGAUAAAAGCAAUAUCAAAGGCAGUGUCAAUACAGAAGAAAAGCGCAAACACAUUAAGAGUCUCAUUGAGAAGAUUCCCACAGCAAAACCAGAGCUCUUUGCUUAUCCUCUCGACUGGUCAAUUGUGGAUUCAACACUAAUGGAACGUCGAAUUAGACCAUGGAUCAACAAGAAAAUAAUAGAAUAUAUUGGUGAAGAAGAAGCCACACUAGUUGACUUUGUUUGCUCUAAGGUUAUGGCUCACAGCUCACCUCAGAGCAUACUGGAUGAUGUUGCCAUGGUACUAGAUGAAGAAGCAGAAGUUUUCAUAGUCAAAAUGUGGAGGUUGUUGAUAUAUGAGACGGAAGCAAAGAAGAUUGGCCUAGUGAAAUAAAGCGCUCUCCUUGCUUC